AUGGUUGAUGAUGCCAUCCAAUUUCAUGGUGAUGUUCUAAUGGGAGGUUUCUCACCUUUGGUGGACGGCGCUCAAUCAUUCAAGGAACAAGCAGAGUUCGGAUCAUAUAACCAAGAGAGGACGGAAUGUAUUGAAUCUGAUGAGACUCAUGCUACUCAACAAGGCCUCACUGACAACAAUAUUGGAGCUGCGGCAACAGAAGAAACAGGCUGUCAAUUUGGUAGCGAAAACAGCCAGCCCGAUAAUGUCGACUUCUCGAUUGAUUAUGGUUGGCUCCACCACUUGAUCCAGGUUGUGAUGAUGAUGUUACUACAGCCACACCAUCGGGAUCACAAAGCAUCCACCCGAAUGAUGAAGAGAGGCCUGCAUAUGAUCCAUCCUCCCAAUCACUCACCACUCAGUCUGCACUUGAAUUUGGGAUGUCAUCAGAAAAUAAUACUGGUGCUCAACUUAGAGUUGGUACUGAAAGUGCUCAAGUCAAUGCGGCAGAGUUCCAGGUUCACAAUGAAGAUAUGCUCGAUUUCCUGA